AUGUCGACCCAAUUCGGUGCUUUGAUCGAGAUUGAAAGCUCUCCUCAGAUUACGAAUCCCGCUGCGGUGGUUCGCAAAGACAAGCAAGGCAUUGCCAGCUCACCUUCCGAUCGUGAACUGGAUGAGCUACAAAAAAGUUGGAGCAGGUUCUCCUCCAGAGAGACGGACUAUUCUUCUCUCCCUCCUACUGGCGUGCAGACACCGAUUACACCACCGUCUAAUGAUGUGGAAUCUCCCGCUUCUCCUCUCGGCCUCCAGGCAGGUGCUGGCACCGCAGACCUGAUCCAGAGCGUCUCCAACCCGCCCAGGAACCGAUGGCGGCUGCUGAGUGUGUGCAUGAUGUAUUUCGCCAACGCCAUGAACGACAGCUCGCCUGGUGCGUUGAUUCCAUAUAUGGAAAAGACCUACCGGAUCGGCUAUGCCGUUGUCUCGUUGAUUUUCGUUACCAAUGCUCUGGGCUACAUUUUGGCUGCGCCAUGCUCUCAUGCGCUCGAGAACCGAUUUGGUCGAUCCAGAACAUACAUGUUUUGUCUGUCAUUGAUGGUGACCGGGUACAUUAUCAUCAUCUGCAAGCCGCCAUUCCCAGCAGUCGUGGCCAGCUUCUUCUUUUUUGGAUUCGGCCAGGCCAUCAUCCUUGCUCUCAACAAUGUCUUCUGUGGCAAUCUGGUGAAUAGUACCACCAUCCUAGGCAUUGCUCAUGGUGCCUAUGGUGUUGGAGGGACCCUUGGGCCAUUGGUUGCCACCGCAUUGGCAGCCCAUGGGAUCCGAUGGUCUUAUUUCUAUAUCAUCAAUCUUUGGAUAACUAUGUGCAACCUGGUAUUGGCGGGGUGGUCCUUCAAAGGGUAUGAGAAGGAUCUGCCGGUUCAGCUCCUUACUGCCCUUCAGCGGACGGCAUCACGUCAGGAUGCACCCAAGAAGAAUCAUCUCAAGAAGGCGAUCAAGAACAGGCCGACCUUGUUGGGAGCCUUGUACAUCUUCGCAUAUCAAGGUGCCGAGGUUUCCAUCUCGGGGUGGGUUGUGUCGUACCUGAUCAGUUAUCGGAAGGGUGACCCGUCAAGGGUUGGAUAUGUCAGUUCUGGAUUUUGGGCUGGCAUCACCGUCGGGCGCUUCGUUCUCUCACACCCGGCCCAUAGGAUCGGAGAGAAACUCGCUGUCGUCAUCCUGACUGCAGGUGCCAUCGCUUUCCAGCUGCUUGCCUGGCUCAUCCCGAACAUAUUCGGAGAGGCAGUCGCCGUGGCGGUUCUGGGUUUGCUUCUGGGGCCGGUUUAUCCAUGCGCAACGUCCGUGUUCACAAAGCUGCUUCCUCGAAGCAUCCAGACCUCGAGUCUGAGCUUCAUCAGCGCAUUGGGCAGCAGUGGUGGAGCGGCUGCGCCGUUCCUCACUGGUCUUCUUGCCCAGCAUGUUGGCAUUGUGGCCUUGCAUCCUAUCUGCUUGGGGUUAUACGGCGUAAUGCUCGCGAGCUGGAGCUGCUUGCCGAGAAUUGUGAAGCGGUCCGAAUAA